UCGAAUCUUCGUAGAAGCUUGGUUAAAUCUUGGGAACAUCUUUAAUUUUUUCACAAUUUCUCAAUGCAUAGUGUACUAUAUUAUAAUUAGCUCCUUUUGGUUUCUAGUCUAGUUCGAUAUAUACGGCCCAGUAGAUUUCAUUUUUUUUGUGUGUGCAGAUUGAGCAGAGUAAGAAACUACAUAUGCAUACAUGAAUCAUCAGAGGAGUAAAUUUGCAAGGUUUGAUACUAGGACUUUUGAGAGAUCUGUUGAUGGAAGUUUCAAAAGUGUUAGAGGUCGCUUGAAGAAGGUUUACGGGAAGAUGAAAACACUUGAAAACUGGAGGUUGACUGUGUUGUUAGCUUGCACCGUUGCUUUGGCUAUUGAUCCGUUGUUUCUCUUUAUCCCUGUGAUUGAUUCCCAAAGAUUUUGCUUCACUUUCGACAAGAAGCUUGGAGCUGCAGUGUGUGUUUUGCGUACCUUUAUCGACACAUUCUAUGUGAUUCACAUCAUCUUUCAUCUUAUAACCGAGCUCAUUGCUCCUCGUUCUCAAGUAUCUUUAAGAGGCGAGUUAAUUGUUCAUUCCAAGGCUAUACGGAAAACACGUCUCCUCUUUCACUUCAUUGUUGACAUCUUCGCUGUUCUCCCCCUUCCUCAGGUAUUGGUUCUCACUCUCAUCCAACGGUCUGCCUCUCUGGUGUCAAAGAAAAUACUUAAGUGGAUUAUACUUUGUCAAUAUCUACCAAGAAUUGUUCGUAUCUAUCCGAUUUUCAAAGAAGUGACAAGAGCUUCUGGUACGGUAGCAGAGUCAAAGUGGAUUGGAGCUGCUUUAAACUUUUUCCUCUACAUUCUGCACAGUUAUGUGUUUGGGGCUUUCUGGUACGUGAGUGCGAUAGAAAAGAAAAGCAUAUGUUGGCAUGACGCUUGUGCUAGGACAUCCGGAUGCAAUCUCACUGAUCUGUUUUGUAGACGAGGUGGCGGAGAUAAUAGUCGUUUCCUGAACACUACAUGCCCAUUAAUCGACCCUGCCGAAAUCACAAACUCCACGGUCUUCAACUUUGGAAUGUUCAUUGAUGCAUUGAAGUCAGGGGUGGUAGAUGUAAAGCCAAGGGAUUUGCCAAGGAAGUUUGUAUAUUGCUUUUGGUGGGGUCUCCGAAAUAUUAGUGCUUUGGGACAAAAUCUGGAGACAAGCAACUCUGCAGGGGAGAUCUUUUUUGCUGUCAUCAUCUGCGUGUCUGGCUUACUCUUGUUUGCUGUGCUCAUUGGAAACGUUCAGAAGUACUUGCAAUCAUCUACGACCAGAGUAGAUGAAAUGAAGGAGAAAAAGAGAGACACAGAAAAAUGGAUGUCCUCUCGGGUGCUACCAGAGUAUCUGAAAGAACGUAUCAGGAGAUACGAAGAUUACAAAUGGCGAGAAACGAGAGGCACUGAAGAGGAAGCUCUUCUUCGUAGUCUUCCAAAAGACCUCAGACUCGAAACCAAACGCUACCUUUACUUGAAUAUGUUAAAGCGUGUUCCAUGGCUUGACGUCAUCGAUGGUUGGCUACUAGAAGCCGUGUGUGACCGGGUGAAGUCUGUGUUCUACUCAGCGCACAGCUACAUUGUGAGAGAGGGUGACCCAGUUGAGGAAAUGCUUAUUGUAACGAGAGGCAAACUGAGAAGUACAACCGGACCUCAUGGACUAGGUGGCCACUACAUUUGUUGUAACCUCAAAGCUGGUGACAUAUGUGGAGAACUUCUCUUCAACGGUUCUCGCCUUCCCACCUCAACUAGAACCAUAAUGACUCUUACCCAAGUUGAAGGCUUCGUUCUCUUGCCUGAUGAUGUAAAGUUUGUGGCUUCUCAUUUAAAUUUAUUUCAAAGACAGAAACUCAAACAAACAUUCAGGUUCUAUUCACCGCAAUGGCGCUCAUGGGCGGCAUGCUUCAUACAAGCGGCAUGGAGGGAACAUUACAAAAGGAAGCUUUCUAAGAUCUUACGCGCCAAUGAGAAUAUUCCACAAGGCACACAACUCAAUCUUGGAUCGACGCUUUAUGUGUCGAGAUUUGUGUCCAAAGCUUUGCAAAAUCAACGACAAGAUAGAGCAGAUUGUUCCAGCUCUCCUGAUAUGCCACCUCAUAAACCAGCUGAUCUCGAGUUUGCAGGGGAUGAAGCAUAGUGUAUUUUAGAAGGAAAAUGACUCGGUACACAAAGAAGGAUGUAAUGUAAAGACUCAGUAUCUCCAUGUAAUGCCUUUACAACUCUGUAGUUAGAAAUUGUUGCAAACAAGCUUGGUAAACGUGACUUUCUGAGAUAUAUGAUGCCCACACUUUAGUUAUUCGCUUCCAAAAGACCCGCAAGACGAAAAACAGAAAAAGUAAGGUACAAAACAAAAGAAAAAGAAUUAAAAGAUGU